AUGGACGUCGCUCGAGUUGGAGCUGGAGGCACUGGAGCUGUUGCUGCUGGAGGUGCUGCUGGUGCUGGAGCUGGUAGUGCUGAGGGAGUUGGAGCUGGAGACCCUGGCGCUGGGGGUACUGGUGUUGUCUCUGCUGGUUCAGGAGGCGCUGCGCGGCCGCGGCCGUACUUCGUUCCCCUCCUUACACAGCGUCCUCCUGCUGUCCCAGGCACGCACCAGAUGGCCCUUCGUCCUUCUACUGCUCCACAGCGUGUCCCUCUGCCGUCUCCUCCUGCAUCCUCUCUUCCUGACGUUGCUGACCCGCCGUCAGACCUUGCUCGUGUUGCCAGUCCUACUGUCACGCGUCUUCUUGCUACUGUUGUUACUGACCCUUCGUUUGAGUCCACUGCUGCGUCUGCCCUAGUUGCUGAGCUUGUUGACUUCGCUGCCGCCUGUCGUCUAGACUACGCUGCUAGUCUUGUUGCUGAGUCUGAGUCUGUCUGUCCUCCGUCCGUCGGGGGUGAGUGUGCUCUUGGCACGGACGUCCUUGAGGACAGGCAGGAGGACUUUGAGUGCUUUGCAGCUGCUGUACCUCAUCUCGUGUCCAUGCUGAUUGCACCUGAGGGAGACCCGGAUGCACCAGACAUCCCGACCCCGCGCUCUUACGCAGAGGCGAUAGAGGGUCCCUACUCCUCUCAGUGGCAGACAACCUUGGACGCAGAGAUGGCAUCCUGGAAGUCCACAGGCACUUACGUUGACGAGGUUCCCCCACCUGGGGCGAACAUCGUCAGUGGCAUGUGGAUUUUCAGGGUGAAGCGGCCGCCGGGUUCUCCGCCUGUCUUCAAUGCGCGUUACGUUGCACGUGGCUUCAGUCAGCGACAGGGAGUUGACUUCUUCCAGACCUUCUCCCCCAUCCUGAAGAUGACCACUCUUCGGGUGCUGCUGCACGUCGCCGCUCAGCGUGACUACGAGCUUCACUCUCUUGACUUCAUCACUGCUUUCCUACAGGGCAGCCUGCACGAGGAGAUCUGGCUGCGCCGCCCACCUGGCUUCACUGGCACCUCGUGA